AUGGCUCCUCAGAGUUUGCCCCUCCAAGCCAAGGAGGGUGUUCACGAUUACGAGAACCCUGAGGUGUUCCGACGCAACACCCUUCCUCCCCGCGCGUACUUCAUCCCCGAGACAUCGCUGUUGCUCAAUGGCGUCUGGGACUUCCACUACGCGAGCACUCCCGGCGAGGCUCCGCUGCCGGAAGACAAGGACGACAAGUGGGAGACUACCAACGUCCCCGGACACUGGCAGCUCCAGGGCCACGACUACCCGUGGUACACCAACACACAGUUCCCCAUCCCCGUCGACCCUCCGUACGUCCCUACCGAGAACCCGACGGGCACAUACAGACGCACCUUCUUCGUGCCCUCAACAUGGGACGAGAAGUCGCAGCUUCGUCUGAGAUUCGAUGGUGUUGACAGCGCCUACCACCUCUGGGUCAACGGCGUUCUCAUUGGCUUCGCUCAGGGCUCGCGCAAUGCUUCCGAGUUCGACGUCACAAGCAUUCUGAAGAAGGAUGGCCCGAACGAGGUGUUUGUAAGAGUUUACCAAUGGUCCGACGCUACCUACAUUGAAGAUCAGGACCAGUGGUGGUUGUCCGGUAUCUUCCGCGACGUUACCCUUCUGGCUGUUCCCGAGUCUACCAGAAUUGAGGACUUCUUCCUCCGCACAGAUCUGGACGAGAAGUACGAGAACGCCACUCUCCUCGCAACCGUCGAUGUUAAGGCUGCCGAGAAGGGCACAGUCAAGCUCACUCUGAGCGAGCUGGGCAAGAACGGCGGUGCAGUCAUUGCUACCAAGGAGGCCGAAGUCAGCGCCAACGACUCCAAGGUCGAGCUCAGCAUCCCGGUCACGAACCCCAAGAAGUGGACAGCCGAGACACCUUACCUCUACCGCGCCGAGAUCACCUUCGGCUCCCAUACCGUCUUCCAGAACAUUGGCUUCCGCAAGGUUGAGCUCAAGAACGGUCUGAUCUCCGUUAACGGUGUGCCCAUCCGCAUCCGUGGUACCAACCGUCACGAGCACCAUCCCCACUUCGGCCGUGCCGUCCCUCUGGACUUCAUCAAGAGAGACCUGCUUCUCAUGAAGACCCACAACAUCAACUCUCUGAGAAACUCUCACUACCCACCCCACCCCAAGCUCUUCGAGCUUGCCGAUGAGCUCGGUCUGUGGGUCAUGGACGAGGCCGACCUCGAGUGCCACGGCUUCUACGACUGCGUCGCCCGUCCGCAGGACGUUCAAGAAGAGGCAGACUACGAGGAGCGGAAAGCCGUCACCUUCCCCAAGGCUGGCAAGUACACUAGUGAAAACCCUGUUUGGCGCGAGGCCUACCUGGACCGUAUGGUCCAGCUGGUUCAGCGCGAUAAGAACCACACCAGUAUCAUUAUGUGGUCUCUCGGUAACGAGGCCUUUUAUGGCGAGAACCACAAGGCCAUGUACCACUAUGCUAAGAAGUUUGAUCCCGGCCGUCCCAUCCACUACGAGGGAGAUGUCAACGCAGAGACCGCAGACAUGUUCUCCUACAUGUACCCUCCCAUCGACCGCCUGACGCGCCUCGUCACCACCGAGCAAGUCAAGGAGGACGGCAGCUUCGACAAGCCCGUCAUUUUGUGCGAGUACGGCCAUGCUAUGGGCAAUGGUCCUGGUGGCCUGGACGAUUACAUUGAGGUGUUUGAGAAGUUCCCUCGUCUUCAGGGUGGCUACAUCUGGGAGUGGGCGAACCACGGUAUUUGGAAGGAAGAUCCCGAUGGCAAGAAGUACUACGCCUACGGAGGCGACUUUGGCGAACGCCCUCAUGACGGCACCUUCGUCAUGGACGGUCUUCUUCAUAGCACCCAUGACCCUACUCCUGGUCUGAUCGAGCUGAAGAAGGCCUACCAGCCUCUUGCCUUGUCCAUCGAGGACAACAAGCUUGUCAUUUGGAACAAGUACGACUUCGCUGGUGUCGAACACCUGUCGGCUACUUACAAGGUCGAGGAGCUGGAUGAGAACUCUGCUCUUCUCGCCGCGGGUAACCUCGAGAUCCCUAAGAUCGCGGCGGGUGAGACCGUCAAGGUCGACCUGCCCACAACUCUUGCCAAUAUCAAGUCCGACAAGGAGACAUACAUCACCGUUACCUUCCGUCUCAAGGACUCUACAAACUGGGCUGAGCCCGCUCACGAGAUUGCCUGGAUCCAGCACAAGCUGUCUGGUGUCGCGGCAGUCCCCAAGCUGGCCCACUCUACCCUUAGCUCCAAGCUGCAGGUUAAGCAGGUCCGCUCCACCGCUACGAUCUCCGGUUCCGACUUCGAGUUCACCUUCGACACUGCUCGUGGCUACCUCACCUCCUGGACUGCCGCGGGUGUGCCUCUGCUUGAGAAGGACGCCUCUACCAAUGCCGCCAUCUCUCCCAACUUCUGGAGAGCCCCGACCGACAACGACAAGCCCAACGAUGUGCCCUACUGGGUCCGCUACGGCGUCAACAAGUUCGACAGCACACUCCGGUCUCUCAAGAUCAACGAGUCUGGCGACAAGGUCGAGAUUGUUGCCACUACUUAUCUCAGUCCUCGCGUUCUGGACUGGGGCUGGAACACUGUCACCACCUACACCAUCGACGCUGCCGGCCGUCUCACCGUCGCCGUCGAUCUUAAGUCGAGAGGCAUCAAGCCCACGCACAUUCCCCGCGUCGGUCUCAACCUCCGUCUGCCCAAGGCCCUCAAGAACGUCAAGUACCUUGCCCUCGGCCCCGGCGAGUCCUACCCGGACAAGAAGUCCAGCCAGCGCCUCGGCGUGUACAACGCCACCGUGCCGGAACUGCACCAACACUACGACGUACCCCAAGAGGGCGGCAACCACUUGGAAACGCGCUACGUCAAGCUUACCGAGGACUACGGACGCGGUAUCCGGGCCACCCCGGCUGAUGCGGCCGUCUGGUCCGAGGAGGAGUGGCGCCAGUUCAGCUUCCAGGUCAGCCACUACAAGGCUGAGACAGUGCAGAACGCGGCCCACCCGUGCGACCUCUUUGAGGAGGAUGCUACGCUCCUGCGUCUUGAUGCUCGUGUCGCUGGUGUCGGCUCCGCUGCUUGCGGUCCCAAUGUCCGUGAAGACCUCAAGGUCCACGUUGGAGACUUCAAGUUUGGUUUCGUGUUGGAGCGCGUUGGAUUCUAA